AUGCCGCACGCCACGCUGCCCUCGCCGGGCUUCCAGGCGCUGAUCCUCUGCGGCCCCGGCGCCUCCUUCAGCACCUUCACCUCGACGCCCAAGGAAAUGCCCAAGGCGCUGCUGCCCGUUGCGAACAGGCCCAUGGUCUGGUACCCGCUGGAGUGGUGCUAUCGCAUGGGCGUCACGAACAUCACCGUCGUCACGCCCCCAGAGUCUCUCGACGCCAUCGAGGCCGCCAUGUCGCAAAACCCCUACCUUACCUCCCUCCCCGCGCCCCGGCCAGACAUCCUCGCCCCCAAAGACCUCACCCACGAGACAGGCACCGGCGACCUCUUCCGCCUGCCCGAAGUCCAGAGCGCCAUCAAGGGCGACUUCAUCGUCCUGCCGUGCGAUCUCGUGUGCGAACUGGAGGGGACUGCCCUGGCAGACGCAUGGAUGGUCGAGCAGGGUGGGUUUGCGGGUGCUAGUGGUGGCCUGCAGGAGAAUGGCGGCAAGAUUCCAUAUGGCGCAGGCGGCGAGAGGCUUGGGAGAAGAGGCGGGCUGGGUGUGUGGUACCAGACAAAGGGCGAGGGCAGCAAGAAGGGCGAGGAGACCGACUUCAUUGCCACCACACCCCUGCCACCACCAAUCGUGCCCGCGCCUGCAGAAUCCCUACGGCGGCACAUCUCCAACCUCGUCUACUCCGUCCCCACCGACACACUCAAGGACAUCACAGAAGAGCACAAGACGCUCCCCAUCCGACACUCGCUCAUCCGGAAACACGCCCGCAUAAAGAUGCUGACCACACACCGCGACGCCCACAUCUACUUCUUCCCCUACUGGGUCGCCGAGAUGAUCAAGAAGAACGAGAAGUUCGAAAACAUCAGCGAGGAAGUGCUGGGCUGGUGGGCGAAAGCAGGCUGGCAGGACGGCCUGGGGGACAAGCUAGGCCUGCGAGAAAUCUUCCAAAGCGAUGACGACACAUCCGAGUCCGGCUCCCAGGUCAUCGAGGAGGAGAUUGACGUGUCAAAGUUCAGCACCACAUACGCCGCCGCACCCAGCAGCUCCGCCGACGCCCAAGCACACUCACCACCAACCCUCGCCUCGAGAGUCCUCCGCUCAAACACCAUCCCUCAAUCCGCGAAAUCCCUCGCCGCAAACGCAAAACUAACCGUCCCCCCAAUCCUCGCCUACGUCCAGCCCUCCACCCCAUCCGCCCCGCUCAUCCGCCGCGUCGACACAGCCCACCUCCUCCUCACCAUCUCUCUCCGCCUCGCCAAACUCCCCUCCCUCGAAGAAUCCGGCCCCUCGCCCUUCGCCCACGCUCAGAAAAUCGUAAACAAACAGUCCAUCCCCCGCAAAUGCCGCGUCGAGGCCGAAAACUGCCUGCUGGCCGAUAACGUCACCGUCGAGGAGAAGACUAACAUCAAAGAGAGCGUUAUUGGGCUGAAUUGUAAGAUCGGCGAGGGCGCGCGGUUGAUGCGCUGCUUGCUUAUGGAUGGUGUGGAGGUGGGGAUGAAUGUGCAGCUUACGGAUUGUAUUCUGGGACGCAGGUGUAGGAUUGAAGGGGGGAGUGGGAGGGAGGGGGAUAAGACGGUGCUGAAGGAUUGUGAGGUGCAGCAUGGGCAGGUUGUGGAGUGGGGGACGGAGGCGAAGAACGAGAAGUUUAUGCGUUUUGCGGUAGGGGAUCCAGAGGAGGGUGGGUUUGCAGAGGAGGAGGAGGAUCUGGAGGGGGAGGAGGUGGGGGAAGAAGAGGAGGCUUAG